UAAAGGGCUGCUGACCCCACUUGGUUUCCAGGACCCACGUAAGAAGCAGAAUGGCUUUCCUCUGGUUCCUGCCCUGCCUCGCCUUCCUGGGCACUGCCUAUGGCUGCGGCCUCCCUGCCAUCCAGCCUGCCAUCAGUGGCUAUGCGCGAAUCGUGAACGGUGAGACGGCGGUUCCUGGAUCCUGGCCCUGGCAGGUCUCCCUACAGGACAACACCGGCUUCCAUUUCUGCGGUGGCUCCCUGAUCAGCGAGAACUGGGUGGUCACCGCUGCUCACUGCGGUGUCAGCACAAGUCACCGUGUGGUUCUGGGGGAAUUUAACCAACACUCUCCGGCUGAGGAUGUGCAAGUCCUGCAGAUUGCCAAGGUUUUCAAGAACCGCAAAUUCAGCAGAGUCUCCCUGAAGAAUGACAUCACCCUGCUCAAGCUGGCCACGCAGGCCAACACGACGGACCGUGUGUCCCCUGUGUGCCUGCCCGCAGCCACUGACAACUUCCCUGGAGGCCUGACCUGCGUGACCACAGGCUGGGGCUUGACCAAUCCCAGCGCCCAGAACACCCCAGACCAGCUGCAGCAGGUGGCACUGCCCCUGCUGACCAACAGGCAGUGCAGGAGGUACUGGGGCAACAUCCCUGGCGUCAUGAUCUGCGCCGACGCCGCUGGAGCCUCCUCCUGCAUGGAGGAGAUACUCCACCCAACCUGCUGCUGCUGCUUGCAAGGUGACUCUGGCGGGCCCCUGGUGUGCCAGAAGGAUGGCGCCUGGACCCUGGUGGGGAUCGUCUCCUGGGGAAGCAGCACCUGCUCCCCCUCCACGCCCGGUGUUUACGCCCGCGUCACCGCGUCAGGGCCUGGAUCGACCAGACCAUUGUAGCCGAUUAACUCAGCUGCACAUUCCCAGCGUGACCAGUCAAUAAAGGAACGUCAGAGACUGGCA